UAGAAAUGAUGCUAAGAAGUCUCUGGAGAUCACCAGCCUUUUCAUUUUCAUACUAUUCUAACUUAGAUCUUAGUUGCCCAUAUCCAUCAUUUUAAGUAAAUAAUUAGGGAAACACUCUGAUAGGCUCGAGAUCUUACAACCACUCACACGAUGCACUAUAUUACUAAACCACCUUGUGAUCCUAAAAUAAUGACAUUCGGAGCAUUUCAUACUGAUCACUUAUUAGAGAUUGAUUGGUCAGAGAAAAUGGGGUAGAUGAGUGAAUUAAAUUUUGAUUAGAUGGAGCCGACCUUAGAUUGUGCCAUUCAAGAGUUUCAGUAUCCAUCCAUUUUCCGCAUGUUUACAUUAUGCAAUUGAGUGCUUUGAAGGGGCUAAAGUAAAUAAAUCUAUCAAUUUUUUUAAGGCGUAUAAAGGACCGGACAAUUCAAUUAGAACAUUCAGGUUGAACUGUAAUAUGUACAGAAUGAAGCAAUCUGCUAAGAGAUUGUCAUUGCCAGAUUUUGAUGGUGCAGAAUUAGAAAGAUGCAUUGAACAAUUAUUAAAAGUGGAUAGAGAUUGGAUUCCAGAUAGACCUGGAUUUAGUUGUUAUAUUAGACCAACAUUGAUGGCAACAGAAGAGGCAUUGGGAGUCAGAGCAUCAAGUAGAGCAAAAUUGUUUGUUGCAUUAUGCCCUGUUGGUCCUUACUUCCCAUCUGGUUUAAAGCCUGUUAGAGUGUUCUGUAACACAUCAACAGUAAAACAUCUUGCUUAAUUAUUAGAUUCGAUCAGCUCCUGGGGGAGUUGGAGGUUAUAAGGUAGCUGGUAAUUAUGCUCCAACGGUUUUGCCAUUGAAGGAAGUCUAAAAGAUUGGAUUCCAUUAAAAUUUAUGGAUGUUGCCAGAUGGUUUAGUGUAAGAAAUGGGAGUUUGUAACUUGUUUUUCUUUUGGAAAAACAAAUAAGGAGAAAAAGAAUUAGUUACACCAAUUUUAGAUGGGACUAUCUUACCAGGAAUUUCAAGGGAUUCAAUAUUGGUAUAUGAUAUGUGAUUAAUGUAAAGGAACUAACAAGAAAUAUGGGAAAGUUUAAGGUUAUAGAGAAGAAAGUGUAUAUUUAAGAGGUGGUUGAAGCAAUUGAGGAGGGGAGAGUAUGAGAAUUUGAAUAAUUAUUUUAGAUGAUUGAAAUGUUUGGAUCUGGGACAGCUGUUAGCAUUUAACCGAUAGAGGCAAUUGGAUAUAAUGAUAAAAUCUAUGAAGUCUAGUAUGAUUAAAAAUUGAAUGCAGGUGAACUGUCACAUGAACUGUUUGAUAUUCUAACAAAUAUUUAGGUAUAGUAAGAGUAUUAAUUUUAGACUGGUGGGGGAGAACAUAAAUGGGUUAGAUCAAUCUGAUUUAAAUUGUUCUAUGUUAUAAGUUAAUGAUGACAAUCGAAAUAAAUCUUAAUUUAUAACAAU